UUGUAAAUUCUUAUAAAGGCCUCAAAGCCCUAGUUCCCUCCCUUCAACAUGACAACCCUCAGUUUCAUUGUUGGAGUAAUAGGCAACAUAAUUUCAGUCUUACUUUUCCUUUCUCCUCUAGGGACAUUUCGUAGGAUUGUGAAGAAUAGAUCGACUGAAGAAUUCGAGAGUCUUCCUUACAUAUGCACCUUCCUCAAUUCAGCUUUGUGGACUUACUAUGGAAUUAUAAAGUCCGGAAGCUAUCUUGUAGCCACUGUAAAUGGGUUUGGUGCAGUGGUGGAGAUUGUUUUCCUUACCUUGUUCCUCAUUUUUGCUCCUCCAAGAACGAGGGCCAAGACUGCCAUACUUGUAGGGUUACUGGAUGUGGGUUUUCUAGCAGCAGCAGUGCUGAUUGCCCAAUUGAUAUUGAAUGAUGACUUGAGGAUUGAUGUAAUAGGUUUCCUAGGAGCAGGCCUUAACAUUAUCAUGUAUGGCUCUCCUUUAACAGCCAUGAAAACGGUGGUGACAACUAAAAGCGUGGAGUACAUGCCUUUCCUUCUUUCAUUAUUCGUUUGCUUGAAUGGAGGGAUUUGGACUUUCUAUGCCGUCCUCGUCGCAGAUUACUUCCUUGGAGUGGAUGUAUGUGUUUAUUAAAUUAUUAAGUUGGACUUAAUUUGAUAAUAUUUCUCUAUUAAAUAACAACGGUUUCUUUUCGUUUAAGAAUGCAAUUCCAGAGAUUUUAGAGACUGAACACGUUAAUUAACAUAGGAUACUAUU